CAGAUCCACCAGAGAAACACACAAGAGAUGAAAAAAAUGGCUCAGACUCUAUAUUUCAGUCUUCUUGUGUUCGCUCUCUGUACAUCAUCUGAAUGCUCUCAGCGCCGCUAUCAGUAUAUAAACAUGAGGAUGAACUGGACUGAAGCUCAGAGAUACUGCAGAACACAUAACUACACAGAUCUGGCCACAGUCAACAACAUCAAUGACAUGAACGAACUGAAGAAGACUGUGAAAAACAAUCCGGUGCAUGUCUGGAUUGGACUGAAGAAUACAGGUGUUUAUAAAUGGAAGUGGUCUCUGGGUGAUCCUGUGAUAUAUCUGAACUGGGAAACUGUAUCAUCGACUGACACACAUAACUGUACUGUUAUGAGAAAGGCAAAAUGGCAUCAGCAGGACUGUAAUGUGCCGUCACAGUUCAUCUGUUACAAUGAGAGCAAUAAGAGUCACAUCAUCUACACUUCUACUAAAACAUGGAGAGAAGCUCAGAGUUUCUGCAGACAGUAUCAUACUGAUCUGAUCAGUGUGAGGAACCAGACUGACAAUCAACUGAUCCACAACAUCAUUAAUAAUCCUGACACAUCUGUCUGGAUUGGUCUGUUCAGAGACUCGUGGGAGUGGUCAGAUAACACUGACUCCGCCUUCAGAUACUGGAGGUCUGGUGAACCUAAUGGUGGACCACCUAAUAAAGACUUCUGUACAGAGAUCAGAAUGAAUGAUGAAUGGAGGGGUCAGUGGAAUGAUGCUGGUUGUCAUUUCUCUCAGCCCUUUGUGUGUCAUGAAGAGAAACUGAUACUAAUCCAGAAGAAUCUGAGCUGGACUGAAGCUGUGAGAUACUGCAGAGAGAAUCACGUGGAUCUGGUUUCAGUUGAUUCAGAGAAGAUUCAGCUCUGGGUGAAAGCAGUGUUUCAUCAGGCCUCGACUGCUGAGGUGUGGCUGGGGUUCCGUCACUCCUGCUCUGUGGGCAUCUGGUUCUGGGUGAAUGGAGACAUCAUGUGUUAUCAGAAUUGGGCUCCUGGGAAUGAAACAGCAGAGGACGACUGUGAGCGAUCUGGAGCGGUUCAAUCUGGAGGACGUCAUCUCUGGAUCAGUCUUCCUGAAUCUAAACAACUCAACUUCAUCUGCAGCAGAUAUGAUUGA